GCUGUGUGCCCGCCGCUCCGCGCCCUCGGCGGAGGCCAGCAGCCGGCGGCUCCCGGCUGGAACAGCAGGGGAAGGGGCUCGGUUCCCUCGGCUCUCCGUUUCUCCGGAUGAAAUGCUGUCUGAAGUGGCAUCUGCCCGGCGGGUCUCCCUGCUGGCUUAAAGACGCUGCGUUUUAGAUGUCCUUCUGCGUCCCUCCGGCGUACGUGAAUAAGCGGUUUCGGAGGUUGCAUCAGUUGGCAAAUUAAAAGUACAAAAACAAGAAGGUGGAAGAGCUGCUGUUACCAGAAAAGUCAGAACCAAUGGACUGUAUGGAUAUAAAUAUGUUUGGAGGCAUCUGCACUUCCCACUACAAGAUGUGAUUUCCAUCUCCUUCAAUGGAAUCCCUCUUGAGGUGUUGCCAUCUUAGGUGGCGUGGUACCUGACUUCCAGGUCUUGAGGAGUGAAAGGAAUUCACUGGUGAGACUGCAUCUUGAAUGCUGCAUUCAGUUUUACUGUGAGAAAGACAUUGAGGCCCUGGCGUGUGUCCAGAGAUGGGCAGUGAAGCUGUGAGGGGUCUGGAGCACAAGUCUUACGGGAGCAGCUGAAGGGACUUGGAUUAUUUAGUCUCAAGAAAAGGAGGCUCGCAGUAGACCUUCUUGCUCUCUGCAAUUGCAUGAAAGGAGGUGUUGUGGAAAGGUGGAAGUAAGCCCCUUCUCCCAGAAUCAUGAAUAAACUGGCAGACCAGCAGGACCACAUGAUACCAUGAAGAGAAGCUUACAGGUCCUCUAUUGCCAACUGUUUAGUGUUCUACUGAUCUUGGCACUGACGGAAGAGCUGGUGUUUUCUGUUCAGGUACUGUCUCCUGCUGUAUCCUCCUCUCAGGGCCUCCUGAUGGACACUACCACUGUCACAGCCAUGGGAACGACGCCUCGCCACAAGGACCGCCACACGGCAGAGCCCGUCCCCACCUCCGCUCGCGCCGUCCCCCAUCCUGUCAGCCUGGCAGGGAGCGAAGCUUCCACUGCUCAAACGCAGGCGAGCAGCCCUCGUGUUGGUGAAAAGGAAACGUAUCAUUUGUAUAACCAGAGUGCUUUGUACUCAGGACAGACUCGCCCCAAAGGGAAAAUAUUCCAGAUUUUCAAAGGCAACUUCACAGAGUCUUCAGAACCUUACCUAAAGACAACCCUGCACUCUCCCUUCCCUACUCUGAGGAGCCCUUUCACAGACCAUCCCUUUCAGUCCCAGACCGCAACCUCCAGCGACCCCAAUGGCACAGGGUUGGCCAGAACUACGCCCUCAGACCUUUCUCCCCACCCUGACACCUCGGGAAGCCUUAGGGAAGCAGAGCAAGGGAACGGGGCCGAGCGAGUUGUGCAGAAUGCAGAGUUUGCCACCACAACUGCUGGACCGCCAGCUGAUCCCGAAGCAGUGUCGGUGCCUUUUAAACCCACCCACUAUGGUGUAUGGGAUAUGCUGAGCAAAAACAACUCUUGGGUAACCUUGAAUCUCAGUACAAAUGUCCCCUUGUUUUCUGGCCCUGGAACUGCACCAGCAGCAGCCGGUCACUCAGUCCAGCCCAGCUUUGAUGUCAACAUCUCCUCCCUGGCAGUGGGGGACCUCGAGAGCACUGCUCCAACACAGCAGGGCCUGGUGACGAACACGACCUCACUGGGCAGCACUGUCUCCACCAUGCCUGCCACGGGGUCGUCCAGCUCCAUGUCCACUGCUGGUUCCACCGCGACUGGAAACUUCCUCAACAGGCUGGUUCCUGCUGGGACCUGGAAACCUGGGGUGCAGGGAAAUAUCUCCCAUGUCACUGAGGGAGACAAGCCCCAGCACAGAGCUACUAUCUGUCUCAGCAAGAUGGACAUUGCCUGGAUCAUUCUGGCCAUCAGCGUACCGAUAUCCUCAUGUUCAGUUCUUCUGACAGUCUGCUGCAUGAGGAGAAAGAAAAAGACAUCCAACCCAGAAAACAAUCUGAGCUAUUGGAAUAAUGCUAUUACCAUGGACUACUUCAACAGGCAUGCUGUGGAGUUACCGAGAGAGAUCCAGUCCCUGGAAACAUCAGAGGACCACCUCUCUGAGCCACGCUCCCCUGCCAACGGCGACUACCGCGACAGCGGGAUGGUGCUCGUGAACCCCUUCUGUCAGGAAACGCUGUUUGUGGGCCACGAGCAAGUCUCUGAGAUAUAAGCCCACGGCCGCCCUCCUCCUGCAGUUUCAUCUCUACUGUCUCCAAAUUAUAAAUAAAUAUAUAUAUUAUAAAUAUAACCUUUGUGUAACCCUGAAUUACAAGAAAUGUUUUCAGCUUUUCUGUUCUUUUUCCCUCAGAAUUGUCAACCCCUUUUUUAUAAGUGUGGUAAAACUUUACAGAACAAACUGUGGCUUUAUAAAAUAAAGGUAUU